AUGAACAGGUCCUGAUGGAGCUGAAAACGCUGUGGGAGAAUAAGCUGAUGCAGUCCAAGGCCGUGGUGGGUUUUCAUACGGAGGAGCAGCAGGUUCUGCAAGCUCAACAGCAGCAAGCCCAACAAGCUCAGCAGAAGCAACCACAGCAAGUCCUCCUGCCUCCAGUGCAGCAGGCUCCUCAGCAGCAGGUCAUUAUUCAGGAUCCUAAGAUUCUCCAGCACAUGAGCACCACUGGAAUGGUGAGUGUCGAGUUCUUCUUCUCAUUGACGU